AAUUCUUCCGCUUAAUUCAUUGACCGCGCGGUGGUCACACUUACUACUCAAGCCAGGCGAAAAACUAAAGAAAAUCGGGAAAAUUAUUGGUGUGGACCGAAUUAUAUUGCGGGUACUUAAACGAAGUACCGUAGAUUUAUUCUUGCCAAGCGGAUGGCUGUUUAAGACGAGGAGCUUCAGGAAAAGGUAAAACAAUACAAAAAAAGACCACAAAAUGACCCAAUAUCUGCCGCCGAAUCUGCUGGCGCUGUUCGCGGCACGGGAGCCCAUCCCGUUUAUGCCGCCGGUGGACAAGCUGCCGCACGAGAAGAAGUCUCGCGGCUACCUGGGAGUGGCCAAGUUCAUGGCCGAUUUUGAAGAUCCCAAGGACACGCCGCUGCCGAAAACGGUUGAGACGCGUCAGGAGCGGCUGGAGCGACGCCGGCGCGAGAAGGCCGAGCAGGUGGCCUACAAGCUGGAGCGUGAGAUAGCGCUGUGGGACCCCACAGAGAUCAAGAAUGCCACGGAGGACCCGUUUCGCACGCUAUUCAUUGCACGCAUCAACUACGACACGUCCGAGUCGAAGCUGCGUCGUGAGUUCGAGUUCUACGGGCCCAUCAAGAAGAUCGUCCUGAUCCACGACCAGGAAUCAGGUAAACCCAAGGGCUACGCCUUCAUCGAGUACGAGCACGAGCGGGACAUGCAUGCCGCCUACAAGCACGCCGAUGGUAAGAAGAUCGACAGCAAGCGCGUCCUGGUGGACGUGGAGCGGGCUCGCACGGUCAAGGGCUGGCUGCCCCGACGCCUGGGCGGCGGUCUGGGUGGAACGCGUCGCGGCGGCAACGAUGUCAACAUCAAGCACUCCGGCCGCGAGGACAACGAGAGGGAACGCGAGCGCUACCGGCUGGAGCGGGAGCGUGAGGAUCGCGAGGGUCCUGGACGCGGCGGCGGCUCCAAUGGCCUGGAUGCCCGGCCCGGACGCGGUUUCGGUGCGGAACGUCGACGUUCCCGCUCCAGGGAACGCCGCGACCGUGAACGAGAUCGCGGACGGGGCGCUGUGGCUAGCAGCGGUCGCUCGCGCAGCCGUUCCCGCGAGCGCAGAAAACGACGAGCGGGCAGCCGGGAGCGGUACGACGAGUUCGACCGCCGCGAUCGGCGGGACAGGGAGCGCGAGCGUGAUCGCGAUCGCGAGCGUGAGAAGAAAAAGAAGCGCUCCAAGUCUCGCGAACGCGAAUCCUCCAGGGAGCGUCGCGAACGGAAGCGAGAGAGAAGGGACCGUGAACGCGGCACCGGAUCCGGCGGCGAUGUCAAGGAGCGCAAGCCCGACUUCCGUGAUAUGGAAGUCAUCAAGAUCAAGGAGGAGCCCGUCGACGAUGGCUAUCCCACAUUUGACUACCAGAACGCGACUAUCAAGCGUGAGAUCGACGAUGAGGACGAGGAGAAGUACCGGCCGCCGCCUGCGCAUCACAAUAUGUUCAGUGUGCCGCCGCCGCCCAUUUUGGGGCGUGGAAAUGCCAGCACGAAUCCCAAUCCCGACAAUGGCCAGCAGAACUCCGGGGACCCGAGUUGGUGGCGUCAGUAGAGUCUUGGAGCGAUGUGUCAAGGUUAAUAUUUCUAGAAGUCAGACGUCUGUGGGUCGCAACUAUUUAUUCAUUCGACUCCAAAGCACACCAAUCCUGGAGAGCAUAACCGUAGCUAUCCAUUUUACACAGAAAAUUUUAAGGUACCACUUGGAGGAAGGCCAAGCAGAACAAGAAUAUAGAGAACCCGACCGCUAAACGCAGAAUCCGCUAAUGUGUGCGUAGCUUAAAUCAUUUAAAUUUAUAAGUAACUCUUAACAAAUGAAUAUGAAAACAGUAAGUAAAAUAAAGCUAGCCCUCA